UCACAGCUAAACGUCACUAUCAAUCUGACGCCAACAACACCAUGAGUAUGGCCAAUCCACCAGGCCUCGUUUGGCAACCAGUGGCUCCUGCGAAAACUCUCAAGGACAUCAUCGGCAAGAAAUUGACUGUCAUCCGCGCUUUUUCAAUCAUCAGCAUCGUUUUGGGUAUCCUCUCCAUUUUGCUACAGAUUGCGACGUUGGUGAUCUACGUUAAAUACUGUUCAUACUUUCUUUGCACCUUACCGGUCGGCUAUUAUAGGCCAUGGAAUCUGGUGCGGAGCGUUCUACGUGACAGCUGGCAGCUUAGGCGUGGCUGCCUGUAGAACACCGAAGACAUCACUUUUGGUGGGGACCGUAGUAAUGUCCGCAAUUUCAGUCGCUGGUGCCAUCGUCGCAUCUACACUGUCCGGAAUAACGGCAGACUGGGGCUUCUACCACUACGAUUACCCUAUGUGUAUUGCGAGGCUCGGCCUGGAAUGGACCCUGAUGUCCAUCAGUGUUUUGGCUAUCAUGAACUCAAUUACUCUAGUAUCCUUAGCAUCCGUGCCCCUCUGUUGCAGCGGACGUAAAAAAGGACAACAAGGCAGCACGAAAGUUACAAUCGGUGUUGGAAGCAAUCAACAACCAAUGUACUAUCAGCCACAGCCGAUGUAUGUAGUGGCUCAACAACAACCGAAUGUUCAGGUCGUUCAUGCUGGACAGCAGAAUCCACAACAGAUCCAGUAUCCACAGCAGCAACAGGUCCAAUUCUUACCCAAUUCGCAAGUCGUCUAUGUACCCCAGCAACAACAACAACCGCAACUACUGCAACAACAAUACCCGCAACAGCAACAUACGCAAAAAGCUCCUGCUGCCAAACAGCAGCCACAGGCUCCGGUUGUCCACCAGCAGCAACCACAGCAAAAUCAAACUUCACCAUAUGAAGAGUUGAACGUCCAGCUACACGCUGUGGAAAAUACUACGCCAACCGUUUAGAGCAAUCGAUUGCAGAACUGGGCUUGUUAUUAACAAAACAAUUAAUGAAUAUAAACUUGGAAGAUUUGAAAUAUAAACCCAUGGCAUCAGUCACGGUGUAUGUUAUUGAACUGUCUCUGUCAGUGCAAUUCCUUUCACAUUCCGCAUCCAUUACUGAAGAGCUUGGCAACUGAAACCCUCAUUUAUAGUUUUUAGAAAAAUACGAAGCUCUUCUACAUUUUUAUGUCGAAUUUGUUCGUCUCUGGUGCCAUACGUUCUCCUUCCGUGUUCCAAACAUCUUGCAGGACCAAUUCUUACCCAAUUCGCAAGUCGUCAAUGUACCCCAGCAAGAACAACAACCGCAACUACUGCAACAACAAUACCCGCAACAGCCGCAACAAGCUCCUGUUGUCCACCAGCAGCCACAGGCUCCGGCUGUUCAUCUGCAGCAACCGCAGCAAAAUCAGUCUGCACCAUAUGAAGAGUUGAAAGUCCAACUACAGGCUGUGGAAAACACUACGCCAACCGUUUAAAGGAAUCGAUUGCAAAAGUGGGCUUGUUA